AUGUGAUUUCUUUCGCGGUGGGAAAUCUGUUGGUUCUACUCCAGGCCAGGAGAUGACGCAGUUUAAGGCGUUCACGUGCGCUCUCAAAGCGUCCAAAGCAGAGGAAAAGGUCUGAAAAAGGCCGGACUGGGGAGGGCCGAGUGUAGCGUACAUUGAUUGGUUAUUUUAAGCAGGGAAUUUUGCCGGCGUGACAAGCGAUCUCCCUCACAUUGGUGUUCUUGUUUCGCUCAACACCAGCUUUGGCCUUCCCGCUUCUGCGCAGCCCGAGCCGGCCAAAGCUACCUGGACCUGGCCUGCCCCCCCUCCCCGUGUGUCAUUUCUCCUUGUGGUCACCAUGUCCGAAUUCGGCUCCUUGCCGACGAACGGCGCCGGAACGAAAAAAGAUGCUUUUGCGGAUGCCAUGGAAAGAGCCAGACAGAUUGCGGCUAAAAUCAGUGGAGAGAGCAGUCAUUUGGCGAGCAACAAUGGAGGAGAUGAAGGUUAUCCGUUCGCCGCACAGAAACGAUCCCUCGAAGAAGGAGAUGAACCAGAUGCCAAGAAGGUAGCAUCACAGAUUGAAAGAGAUUCAUCAUUGUCCAUUGGAGCUCAACUGGCGGCCAUAGCUCAACAGAGCGUCAGGCCCGCCGCAAUGACUAUAACAGAGGAGUGCAGAGUGCCUGAUGGCAUGGUUGGUCUGAUAAUUGGCAGAGGAGGUGAACACAUAAACAAAAUACAACGGGACUCCGGCUGUAAGGUCCAGAUUGCACAUGACAGUGCCGGUCUUUCGGAAAGAAGUGUUUCUUUGACAGGUCCACCUGAUGCCAUAAAGAGAGCCAAAGCACUCAUAGAUGAAAUCAUAUCAAGAGGACAUGAUUCACCCAAUGGGCAGUCAGGCUCCAUGCAGGAGAUGGUCAUCCCUGCGGGCAAGGCUGGCCUUAUAAUAGGAAAAGGAGGGGAGACCAUUAAGCAGCUACAGGAACGCGCAGGAGUUAAAAUGAUCCUUAUUCAAGAUGCAUCUCAGCCUCCAAACGUAGAUAAACCACUGCGCAUCAUUGGAGACCCAUUCAAAGUGCAGCAAGCUAUGGAGAUGGUCAAUGAGCUUCUACGAGAUCGGGAUAAUACUGGUUUUGGUGAAAGGAAUGAAUAUGGCUCAAGAAUGGGGGGUAGUGGCGUUGAUGUAGCUGUUCCUCGACAUGCAGUGGGAGUCGUAAUUGGAAGAAGUGGGGAGAUGAUUAAGAAGAUCCAGAGUGAUGCUGGAGUAAAGAUACAGUUUAAACCAGAUGACGGCACGACUCCAGAAAAAAUCGCUCACAUUACGGGUCCUCCAGACCAGUGUCAACAUGCUGCCUCCAUCAUCACAGACCUGCUACAGAGUAUCCGUACCAGAGAUGACGGGGGUCAAGGGGGCCACCCUGGUUCAGGGAUGCCACCUGGAGGACGGGGGCGGGGUAGAGGUCAGGGGAACUGGGGUCCUCCUGGAGGAGAGAUGACUUUCUCUGUCCCAGCUCAUAAAUGUGGACUUGUGAUCGGCAGAGGAGGGGAAAACGUCAAAGCCAUUAAUCAACAGACUGGCGCAUUUGUAGAGAUGUCACGUCAGCCGCUACCAGAUGGGGACCCAAAUUUCAAAAUGUUCAUAAUCAGAGGUUCUCCGCAACAGAUAGACUAUGCAAAGCAACUUAUAGAAGAAAAGAUUGAGGCCCCGUUAUGUCCAGUGGGUGGUGGUCCAGGCCCGGGUGGUCCCAUGAACCCCUAUAAUCCCAACCCUUACAAUUCUGGACCUCCUGGUGGUGCACCACAUGGUGGUGCGCCAGGUGGCCCCCAAUACUGUGCUCAAGGUUGGGGAAACAACUACCAGCAAUGGCAGAACCCAGGGCAACAAGACCCCAAUAAGGCAGGAGCAGACCCUAAUGCUGCAUGGGCAGCCUACUAUGCACAGUACUACAGUCAGCAGCCAGGGGGCAGUGCGCCAGCACAGACCCCAGCAGAUCCUGGAGCAGUGGGGGACCAGAACCAGGGAGCACAGACUCCUGGAGGUCAGCCAGACUACACAAAAGCAUGGGAGGAGUAUUACAAGAAGAUGGGGAUGGUCCAGCCCGGAGGAGGACCAGCAGCUACUCCGGGAGCUACGGCAGCACCAGCUGGAGGAGCAGCAGCUCCUGGAGGCCAGCCGGAUUACAGUGCAGCCUGGGCAGAGUAUUAUAGACAGCAAGCUGCCUACUAUGGACAGGGAGGCGCGGCCCCUGGGCAGGCAGCUCCACCACAGCAAGGACAGCAGGCGCAGUAAUAAAGGUUUGGAUGGGUCGAUGGUUUUGUUGGCUCUUUGGACUUCUGCCAGUAUAGAUUUCCAGUUUCGGUUUUCAAAAAUUCAACCUCAAGAUUGCACCGCCUCUUGUUUCAAACUCUUUCAAACUUUUAAAACUUGAUAGUUGACUUUUUUCCCCCCCAACACAAAUGGAAGAAGGGAAAAGGUUAAUGCUCAUGCAUUGAAACAACGCAACUAAAACAACUACAUUGAUCAAAAUUUGAUUGCUAGUUACUUCACCCUCACCUUCUAAUAAGUUUCUUUUCAAAGCUAUAUACCAUAAGAUAAGAGGAUCUUUACUGCAGAAUAAUCACAACAAGGUUCAAGAAUUUCACGAUACAAUGUUUUAGUUUGAAUAGUUUCGAUUCAAAAUGUUCUGCCUUUUUUGGUACUUUUCAAAUCUCAGUUGAAAGAUGUUUGUUUUGGAAUUUCAUUUGUAAUUUACCCUGCAAUUCUUUUCAAAUUUUAUUCACUGUACUUUUUUUUUUUCCUGAAAAUGUGCGUGUGGGUGCGCGUGUGUGUCAAUGUCUGCAGGUUUGCUGUAAAAUGGCUUUUUGCUUUGUUGGCUGGUUCUGUGUGGAUGUCUUCCCUCUGGUUAUGUCUCCAACUUAAUCGAUGGAUGAUUUUUUUUUUUUUUUUUUUUGCUAUAGGUUCUGU